AUGGCGUUGCGAAAACUUGCAUCCCCCGUGCUACUGUUGAUUAUGUCACUAACAUGCCUGGCUUCCGCCUUUCAACCACAAAAGACUGUUCCAAUCAGGCAUACGCCAUCUCUUUCUCGCCAAGUUGAGAAACCAGUAAUACCAUCGCUUGUUGUUAUUAAUAACUUUCGACACACUCCAUCAAUUCUCCAGAAUCAAAGAAAUGGUAACGAUAAUGACUCGAAACAGACGGGAAGAUAUACAAAGGUGGAAGAUGGAUCUCCUUUGGGAGUUGCCAUUGUCAUUCUUGGUGGUUCCUUGGUGCUGUUUGGUGGCGACAAAUUUGACAAUAUUCCAGUCUGGGCAGUCUUUGUGGUGGCUUCGACCGCUGCAGGAGUAGCACGGCUGAUUCGGUAUCUUAAUGACGAUAAGUGA